GUAAAUCUGAAGGAAAAAACAAGUAAUUCUACUCCAAUGGGUCAAAGGAAAGCUCGAUAUACCAACGCCUAUAUAUAUCGUACGCAUAGCCUGUAAACAGAAUCAUCUACAUCUAUCGCUUCAACUCACAGUUUCCCUUUUCUUGUCCCGAAGGCAAUCCCAUAUCUGAAUUCUCGAACCUCCGAUUCACUCAGAUCGCCGGAGAUAUGAGUCACCCAGCUGAGUCGUCCGAUUCGAAAGGUGGGAAGAAGGACUUCUCGACCGCGAUUUUGGAGAGGAAGAAGGCGGCCAAUCGGCUGAUUGUUGAUGAGGCGGUCAACGAUGACCACUCCGUCGUUGUUCUCCACCCGAGCACCAUGGAGAAGCUCCAGAUUUUCCGAGGAGACACUAUUUUGAUUAAGGGGAAGAAGAGAAAGGACACAGUCUGCAUUGCGCUUGCUGAUGAGACAUGUGAAGAGCCAAAGAUUAGGAUGACCAAAGUUGUCCGGGCAAAUCUGAGGGUCCGUCUGGCAGAUGUUGUGUCUGUGCACCAGUGCCCAGAUGUUAAAUAUGGAAAGCGUGUCCACAUACUUCCCUUAGAUGAUACAAUUGAAGGUCUCACUGGAGAUCUCUUUGAUGCGUAUCUCAAACCAUACUUUGUGGAGGCCUACCGCCCUGUGAGGAAAGGAGACCAUUUUCUUGUGAGAGGUGGAAUGAGAAGUGUGGAAUUCAAAGUUGUCGAGACUGACCCUGGGGAGUACUGUGUUGUGGCCCCAGAUACAGAGAUCUUCUGUGAAGGCGAACCUGUUAGGAGAGAGGACGAGGACAGGCUGGAUGAGGUCGGCUAUGAUGAUGUCGGUGGCGUUAGAAAGCAGAUGGCUCAGAUUCGUGAAUUGGUGGAGCUGCCGCUAAGGCAUCCGCAGCUCUUCAAAUCUAUUGGUGUGAAGCCUCCCAAAGGAAUCUUACUUUACGGGCCCCCGGGUUCAGGAAAGACAUUGAUUGCUAGGGCUGUUGCUAAUGAGACUGGUGCUUUCUUCUUCUUGAUUAAUGGACCGGAGAUCAUGUCCAAAUUGGCUGGAGAGAGUGAGAGCAACCUGAGGAAGGCAUUUGAGGAGGCUGAGAAGAAUGCCCCUUCCAUCAUCUUUAUUGAUGAAAUCGACUCGAUUGCGCCGAAGAGAGAGAAGACACAUGGUGAAGUAGAACGGAGGAUCGUUUCUCAACUUUUGACUCUGAUGGACGGUUUGAAAUCCCGUGCCCAUGUCAUUGUUAUGGGUGCUACUAAUCGGCCAAACAGCAUUGAUCCCGCUCUUAGAAGAUUUGGCAGGUUUGAUCGUGAAAUCGAUAUUGGUGUUCCUGAUGAAGUCGGGCGCCUUGAGGUUCUUAGGAUUCAUACCAAGAACAUGAAACUUUCUGAAGAUGUUGAUUUGGAAAGAAUAUCGAAAGACACACAUGGCUAUGUUGGUGCUGAUCUUGCAGCUCUGUGUACCGAAGCCGCUCUACAGUGCAUCAGGGAGAAAAUGGACGUAAUUGAUUUGGAAGACGACACAAUUGAUGCUGAGAUACUGAACUCGAUGGCCGUUACUAACGAGCACUUCCACACAGCUCUUGGGACAAGCAAUCCUUCUGCUUUGCGCGAGACAGUUGUCGAGGUGCCCAACGUCUCGUGGGCGGAUAUCGGAGGACUCGAGAAUGUCAAGAGGGAGCUUCAGGAGACUGUGCAAUAUCCUGUGGAGCACCCAGAGAAGUUUGAGAAAUUCGGUAUGUCACCUUCGAAGGGUGUUCUUUUUUACGGCCCUCCUGGAUGUGGUAAAACUCUUCUCGCCAAAGCAAUCGCGAACGAAUGCCAAGCCAACUUCAUCAGCGUGAAAGGACCCGAACUGCUGACCAUGUGGUUUGGGGAGAGCGAAGCCAAUGUGCGCGAAAUAUUCGACAAGGCUCGUCAAUCUGCUCCUUGUGUUCUCUUCUUUGACGAGCUCGACUCUAUUGCUACUCAGAGAGGAAGCAGUGUUGGUGAUGCUGGUGGUGCUGCUGAUCGAGUUCUGAACCAGCUUCUUACUGAAAUGGAUGGGAUGAACGCGAAAAAGACUGUUUUUAUAAUUGGGGCCACUAACAGGCCCGAUAUUAUUGACCCGGCCCUCCUUCGUCCGGGCCGUCUCGACCAGCUGAUUUAUAUUCCUCUCCCUGACGAGGAAUCACGUCACCAGAUCUUCAAAGCCUGUCUUCGCAAGUCCCCACUCUCGAAAGAUGUUGACUUGAGGGCACUUGCUAAGUACACACAGGGAUUCAGCGGCGCUGACAUCACCGAGAUUUGCCAGCGUGCGUGCAAGUACGCCAUAAGAGAGAACAUCGAGAAGGAUUUGGAAAGGGAGAAGAGGAGAAGUGAAAACCCGGACUCGAUGGACGAGGAUGCUGAUGAUGAGGUGGCAGAGAUUAAGCCCGCGCAUUUCGAGGAGUCGAUGAAGUUUGCGCGAAGGAGUGUUAGCGAUGCUGAUGUUCGCAAGUAUCAGGCCUUUGGCCAGACCUUGCAGCAGUCGCGUGGGUUUGGGACCGAAUUUUGGUUUGCUGAGUCAGCGCCGGCAAGCGGGGGAUCAGACCCAUUUGCGGCUGCUGCUGGUGGGGCUGACGUGGACGAUCUCUAUGGUUAGUCCUUUGGGUUGUGUUUGCUGUCCGGCAGAAACUCCUCUCGAGUCUUUACUUUUAAAUUAUGUGUGCUGAAGUUUGUUUUGUUAGGAUACGGUUGAUGUUAUAUCAUCGCGAGUUAACUUUAUAUAAUACUACUGCGUUUGUGGAAUGGAAUGACAUUUGCUUAUCAAUAUCUUCUGCUGGCUUUUCGAUAUUAUGAAUGUUUUUUUCUGUUUUGUUGUACUAUGUUGUUGAUUCACUGGUUUGGAGGAUCAGAAUAUUAUAUACCCAUGGCUGCAUUUGGAGUGAAAGGAUUUUUUUUGGAUACGAGGGGAGAAUCUGAUUUAGUUUUGAUCUCCAAAGUGGAUGGAUUUGUGAUCAGCCAAACCAUCUCAAUGGUUAAAAAAGACCAUGAGUUUUCAGACAUAUGGGA